UCUACAAGCAAAGCAGCAUAUACAGCAUGCCCAGUGCCGUCCGCCCACGAUCUUUGAGCGCUGAGCCUGGCCGCGCGGCCAAGAAGGCCAAGGCCGAGACCGAGCAGCCCAUCCACCUCCCCGACGGAGCGGGCCGCAAGUCCCUCAAUGACAAGUACGAGGCGUCGACGCCGUACAAGCACAUCGUAGUGCCGGGUCUUCUGAGCGACGAGCUGCUCGAGGCCGUUGUUGAGGAGACGACCACUUACGGUGUCCGUGGCGAGGAGAACAGCCUUCUCGGGUGGGGCUGGGAGCAGAAGGAGACGGACAUUUACAAGAUCCAGCAGACGCCCGACCUUGCCUCGCUCGACCCCGAGCACCUCCCAGAGGAGACCCUCGCCGCUCUGCCGCAGGUCCAGCGCCUCAAGGAGGCGCUCUACUCGAGCGAGUUCCGCAACUUCGUUCGCGACGUCACUGGCUGUGGCCCGCUGUCGGGCAAGAAGACGGACGCCUCGGUCGGCCUGUACACCCAGGGCUCGCACCUCCUCCUGCACGACGACAGUAUCUCGACCCGUGUCAUCUCGUGGAUCCUGUACCUGCCCAACUCGCCGCUCGAGGCCCCAGAGUCCGAGUACACCAAGCCGUUUGACAGUGGCAAGUUCCUGAAGGGAUGGGACCCCAAGUGGGGCGGCUCGCUCGAGCUCUUCCCCGUCGAGAGCGGCGAGGAGCGCGGUAUGCCUGGCGUCAAGGCCGUUGCCUCGCUGCCGGUCCAGUGGGGCCAGAUCAUCUUCUUCCAGGUCCAGCCCGGACGCAGCUACCACGCCGUUGAGGAGGUCAUUGUCGGCGACGGCAGGAGACGUCUCGGCAUCAGCGGCUGGUUCCACCGCCCCAUCGAGGGCGAGGAGGGCUUCGGCGCGUACGACGACGAGAAGGCCAACCGCGCGGCUCUGAGCUCGCUGUCGCAGAUUACCUCUGCCCCCACUCUCCCCUUUACCCCUUACACUGCCGAGCCCCCCGCGGGCCUGACCCCUGCGCACCUCAAGGUCCUCGCCCCUUUCCUCGCCUCCUCGUACCUCACCACCGCGACUCUUGAGAAGCUCGGCGGCCAGUUUGUCGAGGCGUCCGAGAUCGUGCUGCACAACUUCCUUCACCCCGAUCUGGCUGCCAAGAUCAAGGCCGAGACCGCUGCUGUCGACAAGCGCGACUUUGGCGACUCGAAGCUCAUCCCGGGGCAGGGUGCGGGCGAGGGUGACGGCUGGGAGAUCCAGGGCCCGUCGUCCAAGCACCGCUACCUGUCGCUCAAGUCGGCCUCCAAGUCGACGCCCGCGCUCGAGUCGGUUCUCAAGGAGCUCCUCCCAUCCGAGGCCUUCCGCGCCUGGCUCUCGGUCGUCUCGUCGCUCGCCCCUGUUGGUCACCGUGCCGAGGCGCGCCGCUUCCGCCGGGGCCUCGACUACACGCUCGCAAACGGCGAGGACCGCGAGGGCGAGGUGCGCCUCGACGCGUUCCUCGGCCUGACGUGGUGGGCCGACGUCGCGCCUGGUAGCGACGAGGAGGACGCGCUCCUUGAGCUCGGCGGCUGGGAGUGCUACCUCGCGUCGCCGGAUGAGUCGGAGGACCCCGAGACGUACCAGAGUGGAUACGCCAAGCAGGCUUCCAAGGCCACCAGCGAGGAGAAGGAUGCCGCUGAGCCCGAAGCUGAGGCGGAUGCUGAGGGCGAAGCUGAGGAGGCACCAUCUGGCCCCUCGAUCAGCAUGGGCGGCGUUGAGCUCGAGUUUGACCCUGAUCAGUUCUCGCCAUCCGACUUUGACUCUGACGAGGAGGAGGCCGGCGACGACGACGAGGGACCGCUUCUGACACUCGGCACGUCGUUCAACAAGCUCCUGCUAGUGCUCCGCGACCCCGGUGUUAUGCGCUUCGUCAAGUACCUCAGCGCUGGCGCACCCGGCUCGCGAUGGGACGUUGGCGGCGAGUGGGAGGUGGGAGUGCUGGAGGAGGAGGAGGAGGACGGCGAGGGCGAGGCCGAGGCGUAAGCGCCAGCCACCAUAUCAUGAUUUUCUUGUUUGUAGAUGCCGAC